GGCGGCUGCGGCCGGCGGGGUGCAUGCGGGAGGGUCCUGUCGUGGGAGGGAGUGCUGCGGACGGAAGGCCCCGGGAGGCGUCUGUGCUGAGGCAGCUUUAACCGGCAGUGCCCGAGGGUUGAAGUUUCCUGUGGAGGCCUCUUGGAUGGGGUUGUGGGGCCGGGCAGCGCUGGCGCUGCACUGCUGCGGCCUCACCUGGCUGUAAGAAGGGAGAAAGUUAUCGGAGAGCGUCCGAAGGAGGGCAGCGCGGAGAGGGAAAGGAAGAAAGGGCAACACGAGGAGGGGCGGCUGAGGGCCCUCGAUUUGGUUGGCGGAGGGGCGGCGCUCAACUCUGCUCUCUGUGGCACAGGAAUGGCGCGGAGCUGGGCCGGGGGUCCGGCCGUGCUCGGCCUCGGGGGCGGUGGGCUCAGCCCCGGACUGCCGGAGCUCAGGGAGCAUCGGGACGCCGCUCUCAGCCGUAGGGUUUGGGUGGUGCCGGGGGUUGGACCCGGGGAUCCCUGUGGUUCCCUACCAGCUCGGGAUGUUCUGUGGUUCUUGGAGGUGCCGUGCUGCUGGUGUCCGUUACUGCCUGCCCUCUGCUGUGUCGCCGCUAGGUGGGCCCCGAGUCCUUGCUGCUCUGCAGGAGGCAGUAGCAGAAGUUUGAGCUCUAGCUUUCACAAAGGAAUGGGGGGAGGACUAAAUGAGAUGAGAGAUCCUCCCGGUGCCCACCAGAGCCAGCUCCAGAGCGGGUUAAGUGAACCGUGCAAAGUGAAGGCAAGGAAACUUUGGGCAGCGCCAUGCAGUGGGCAGAUCAGCUCGCUGUGGUGCAGGGUGUUGGCUGGGAUGUGUCUGUGUUGGACCAUAACGUUUCAGGAGGAUGGGAGUGCGGUUAGUGUGACUGUUGAGUGCUCCAGCAAAACCGCUUUCUUGUGCCCUGGUUUCCCCUGCUGCAGAGAGGUGCUGACAGCCCACCUCUGCCUGCUGCAAUUCCUGUGUCUUUUGUUCACUGCCUGGAAUGGCAAACCAGAGCAUGUUUUGGACUCACUAGAGUCUGAGGUUGGGGUCCAAUCCCUGCCUGUAUCAGUGCGAUGUGCUCAGCCCCAGAGACCCCGCAGCUACAGGAUGAGGACUGAGCUGAGCAGAGCACACCAAACGAAGCUGAGAUCCUACAAAGGGAGGAGUGUAAUGGUGUGGGCCAUGUGUAGAGAUUGCAGCAGUGGGUUGUGAGAUUCUGUAAUGCACAAGGGCACGGAGGCAUUUUUUCCCUUUUAUUACAGGUUACCACAAACCACCGCUAGCAAAUAAAUAUAAUAAAUAUAAUUUUUAAAAGGCGGAUGUAUCUGGAUAGCAACUUCUUAUAGUUAUCACCAGGAAGUGUGUGUGUGCAUAUAUGUGUAGAUAGCUCACCUUUGCAGCUACACCCAUCAAGGGGCCUCAAGAAUAUUUCUUUGGGAAAGUGCCCUACUGGCUGGAGUCCUGUUGCCCAUUUCACCCCAAAAAUGUGAUUCAACUGUGUGUGUUCCCCUGGUUGCCUGGCUUUCCUUGCUGGCUGGGGCACUGGGGAAAGAAGUGACAACGGACAAAAGCACUUUUCGUUUGGAGAAGAUGAGCCUGGUGCCAGGCAGCCGUCCCCACCCCCAGCCCACUCAGUGGCAUGCGAAGCACUCGCCCGCCUCGCAAUGCGCCGGGUAAGGAAGCAACAGCUGCUGGGGUCCUUUUGCUGCCUCAGGAGCUGCGACAGCACCCGGGAGCCAGGGAUCUAAAUUUAAAUCUGUGCUUUGUGUGCUGUGCACGCGAACGCAGCCUCCAGCCCCCAGAGUCCGGCUCCUCAGAGAGGGGGAUCUGGAGGAGCUCUGGCUGGCUGGGGCUGGGGGCUCAGCCGUGGGGUGAGAGGAGGAGAAACAGCGUGGGGAGAACCACCAUGGAGCCUGCGUCCCACCAGGAUGAUGCAAAGAAGAGGCAACAGAAGGAGAAGUCCAAGAAACCGGUGCCACCAGUAGCCCCUCGGCCAGCCAGGGCUCUGUUCUGCUUAACCCUACAGAACCCACUGCGGAAGGCAUGCAUCAGCAUCGUGGAGUGGAAACCUUUUGAGAUCAUCAUCCUCCUGACCAUCUUCGCCAACUGCGUUGCCCUGGCCAUCUACCUGCCCAUGCCGGAGGAUGACACCAACGUGGCCAACUCCAGCCUGGAGAAGUUCGAAUAUGCCUUCCUGAUCUUCUUUGCCAUCGAGGCCAUGCUCAAGAUAAUAGCUUACGGGUUUCUGUUCCAUACGGAUGCCUAUCUCCGAAAUGGCUGGAAUGUGCUCGACUUCUCCAUCGUGUCCCUGGGGCUUGUCACCAUGACCCUGGAGCAGAUCAAUGCAAAGGAGGGAGGGUCUCUGGGAGGGAAAGGUGGCUUUGAUGUGAAGGCCCUGCGAGCAUUUCGUGUGCUGAGACCUCUGCGCCUGGUGUCUGGAGUGCCAAGUCUGCAGGUUGUCCUGAACUCCAUUAUCAAAGCCAUGGUGCCUCUGCUGCACAUCGCGCUGCUCGUCCUCUUCAUGAUCAUCAUCUAUGCCAUUGUGGGGCAAGAGCUCUUCAAGGGCAAGAUGCACAAGACCUGCUACUACCUCGGGACAGAUGUGAUUGCCACAGUAGGGUCAGAGAAGCCAGCCCCCUGCACAAUCUCUGGCCAUGGGCGUCACUGCUCCAUCAAUGGCACCGAGUGCCGAGGCGGCUGGCCGGGACCCAACAACGGCAUCACUCACUUCGAUAACUUUGGCUUUGCCAUGCUGACUGUCUACCAGUGCAUCACCAUGGAGGGCUGGACCGAAGUGCUCUACUGGGUUAACGAUGCCAUUGGGAAUGAAUGGCCCUGGAUCUACUUUGUCAGCCUUAUUUUGCUUGGUUCCUUCUUUGUUCUCAACCUGGUGCUGGGGGUGCUCAGUGGGGAGUUCACCAAAGAGCGUGAGAAGGCCAAGUCACGAGGCACAUUUCAGAAGCUGCGGGAGAAGCAGCAGCUGGAGGAGGAUCUGAAGGGCUACAUGGACUGGAUCACCCAUGCAGAGGUGAUGGACAGUCACCGGACCAGAGGAGAAGGUAUGAUGCCGCUGGAUGAAGGAGGGUCGGAGACAGAGAGCUUGUAUGAAAUCGAGGGCAUGAACAAAUGGAUUCUCUACUUCCGGCAGUGGAGGCGUUGGAACCGAAUGUUUCGUAGGAAGUGCAGGCAUGUGGUGAAAUCCAAGUUCUUCUACUGGCUGGUCAUCCUGCUGGUGGCACUGAACACCCUCUCCAUUGCCUCUGAGCACCAUUUCCAGCCCGAAUGGCUGACGAUUGUACAAGACAACGCCAACCGGGUGCUGCUUGCUCUCUUUGUGGCCGAAAUGCUGCUGAAGAUGUACGCGCUGGGCCUGCGCCAGUACUUCAUGUCCCUCUUCAACCGCUUCGACUGCUUUGUUGUGUGUGCGGGGGUCCUGGAGAUCAUCCUGGUGGAGCUCAGCACUUUGUCACCCCUGGGCAUCUCUGUGCUGCGCUGCAUCCGGCUGCUCCGCAUCUUCAAGAUCACCAGGUACUGGACGUCACUGAGUAACCUGGUGGCCUCUCUGCUCAACUCGGUGCGCUCCAUUGCCUCUCUGCUACUCCUUCUCUUCUUGUUCAUCAUUGUCUUUGCCCUGUUGGGCAUGCAGCUCUUUGGGGGCAUGUAUGACUUUGAGGACAUGGAAGUCCGACGCAGCACAUUUGACAACUUCCCCCAGGCCCUCAUCAGUGUCUUCCAGAUCCUGACUGGAGAGGACUGGAAUUCAAUAAUGUACAAUGGGAUAAUGGCUUAUGGGGGCCCAUCCUUCCCCGGCAUGCUGGUCUGCAUCUACUUCAUCAUCCUCUUUGUCUGUGGGAACUAUAUCCUCCUCAAUGUCUUCCUGGCCAUUGCAGUUGAUAAUCUGGCUGAGGCUGAGAGCCUGACCUCAGCUCAGAAGGCCAAAGCUGAGGAACGCAAGCGGCGGAAGAUGUCCAGAGGUUACCCAGAAAAGUCUGAAGAUGAAAAACAGAUGUUGGCAAAGAAGCUUGAGCAGAAGGCGAAGGGAGAAGGGAUUCCCACAACAGCCAAGUUGAAAGUGGAUGAAUUUGAAUCCAAUGUCAAUGAAAUCAAAGAUCCCUACCCCUCCGCAGACUUCCCAGGUGAUGAUGAGGAGGAUGAGCCUGAAAUCCCCCUGAGUCCUCGGCCGCGUCCUCUGGCAGAGCUCCAGCUGAAAGAGAAGGCUGUGCCUAUGCCUGAAGCCAGCUCCUUCUUCAUCUUCAGCCCAACAAAUAAGUUUCGGAUGCUGUGCCACAGAAUCGUCAACGCCACUUGGUUCACCAACUUCAUCCUGCUCUUCAUCUUGCUCAGCAGCAUCUCCCUGGCAGCUGAGGAUCCCAUCCGAGCCGAGUCGUUCCGCAACCAGAUUCUUGGAUACUUUGACAUCGGUUUCACUUCUGUCUUCACUGUUGAAAUUGUCUUGAAGAUGACAGCAUACGGUGCUUUCCUGCACAAAGGCUCCUUCUGCAGGAACUCAUUCAACAUCCUUGACUUGCUGGUGGUUGCUGUGUCCCUUGUCUCCAUGGGAUUCGAGUCCAGCACCAUCUCAGUGGUGAAGAUCCUCCGGGUGCUGAGGGUGCUGAGGCCUCUGCGAGCCAUUAACAGAGCGAAGGGUCUGAAGCACGUGGUCCAGUGCGUGUUCGUGGCCAUCAAAACCAUUGGUAACAUUGUGGUCGUCACGACGUUGCUGCAGUUCAUGUUUGCCUGCAUCGGGGUGCAGCUCUUCAAGGGCAAGUUUUACAGCUGCACAGAUCCCUCCAAGCUAACAGAGAAGGAGUGCAGGGGGCAUUUCAUCAACUACGUGGAUGGGGACCCAACACAGAUCGAGCUGAAGGAGCGGGUCUGGUUCCACAAUGCCUUUCACUUCAACAAUGUCUUCUCAGCCAUGAUGUCGCUUUUCACUGUCUCCACCUUCGAGGGCUGGCCAGAGCUGCUGUACAGGGCCAUUGACACUAAUGAUGAGAACAAAGGCCCUAUAUACAACUACCGGGUGGAGAUCGCAAUGUUCUUCAUCAUCUACAUCAUCCUCAUUGCCUUCUUCAUGAUGAACAUCUUUGUGGGCUUUGUCAUUGUCACCUUCCAGGAGCAGGGGGAGAGCGAGUACAAGAACUGCGAGCUGGACAAGAACCAGCGCCAGUGUGUGCAGUACGCUCUGAAGGCUCGCCCGCUGCGGCGGUACAUCCCCAAGAACCCCUACCAAUACCAGAUCUGGUACGUGGUCACCUCCUCCUACUUUGAGUACCUCAUGUUCUUCCUGAUCAUGCUGAACACCAUCUGCCUGGGCAUGCAGCAUUACAACCAGUCUGCAGAAAUGAACCACGUCUCAGACAUCCUCAAUGUGGCCUUUACUGUCCUCUUCACCCUGGAGAUGAUGCUCAAGCUCAUGGCCUUUAAAGCCAAGGGCUACUUUGGGGACCCCUGGAAUGUCUUCGACUUCCUCAUAGUGAUUGGCAGCAUCAUCGAUGUCAUCCUCAGCGAGAUUGAUACUGUUCUUGCAUCCAGUGGUGGAUUGUACUGCCUUGGCGGAGGCUGUGAUAACAUUGACCCGGAUGACAACUCCCGUGUCUCCAUCACUUUCUUCCGGCUGUUCCGGGUGAUGCGGCUGGUGAAGCUGCUGAGCCGGGGAGAAGGUGUCAGGACCCUGCUGUGGACCUUCAUCAAAUCCUUCCAGGCUCUGCCCUAUGUUGCCCUGCUGAUCGUGAUGCUAUUCUUCAUCUAUGCUGUGAUUGGGAUGCAGAUGUUUGGGAAGAUUGCCAUGGUGGAUGGAACCCAGAUCAACCGAAACAACAACUUCCAAACCUUCCCACAAGCUGUGCUGCUGCUCUUCAGGUGUGCCACGGGGGAGGCCUGGCAGGAGAUCCUGCUGGACUGCAGCUACGGAAAGCGGUGCGACCCUGAGUCCGACUACGCGGAGGGCGAGGAGUACACCUGUGGCACGGGCUUUGCCUACUUCUAUUUCAUCAGCUUCUACAUGCUCUGUGCCUUCCUGAUCAUUAAUCUCUUUGUGGCCGUCAUCAUGGACAACUUUGACUACCUCACACGUGACUGGUCCAUCCUGGGCCCCCACCACCUGGACGAGUUCAAACGGAUCUGGGCCGAGUACGACCCCGAAGCCAAGGGCAGGAUCAAGCACUUGGACGUGGUGACCCUGCUGAGACGUAUCCAACCUCCCCUGGGCUUUGGGAAGUUCUGCCCUCACCGUGUAGCUUGUAAGCGCCUGGUGUGCAUGAACAUGCCCCUGAACAGCGAUGGCACUGUCACCUUCAAUGCAACACUGUUUGCGCUGGUGAGGACAGCCCUCAAGAUCAAGACAGAAGGUAAUUUUGAACAGGCCAAUGAGGAGCUCAGAACCAUUAUCAAAAAAAUCUGGAAGCGAACCAGUAUGAAGCUUUUGGACCAGGUCAUCCCACCUAUUGGAGAUGAUGAGGUGACAGUGGGCAAAUUCUAUGCUACUUUCCUCAUCCAAGAGCAUUUCAGGAAGUUCAUGAAGCGCCAGGAGGAGUACUAUGGGUACCGUCCCAAGAAGAACCCUGUAGAGAUCCAGGCUGGGCUGAGGAGCAUUGAAGAAGAAGCCGCUCCUGAAAUUCAUCGAGCCAUCUCUGGGGACCUGACUGCUGAGGAAGAGCUGGAGAGGGCAAUGGUGGAAGCUGCCAUGGAGGAGGGGAUCUACAGGAGGACGGGCGGUUUGUUCGGCCAGGUGGACAGCUUCCUGGAGCCAAGCAGCCCCCUGCAGCCCCACAUGGCCAGCCAGAGGCCCCUGCAGUUUACAGAGGUGGGCAGCGAAGACCUCGACUCCCCCGUCUUCCUCGACGACUUCCCCCAGGAAGGCAACACCAACGUCAACAACGCCAACUGGCUGCAGGGGUUGGAGUACGAGGAUGAGGUGCUGAGGAGAGCAGUGCUGGCAGCACCCAGGCCUCCAGCGCGGGAGACUGACCUCCCCAUCCCUUUGGAAAGGCUGCGGCGGAGACGAGGAGCUGCCUCUGAGCAUCACCCAGCAUCGGGGCAGUGCCUCCAUCCCCAGCAGGGCAGCACAGUGACAGCAGCAGCAUCCAGCUCAGAACACCGGUGGCAUGAAAGCACUGACACAAACACAUCUUCCACCCCUGCCAUCACCUUCCUCAUUCAAGAGGCUCUGAUCUCCGGAGGCCUCGCAGCUCUGGCCCGUGAUCCAUCCUUCGUUGCAGUGACCAGGGAUGAGAUGGCAGCCAGCAGUCAGCUGGAGGUGGAUGAAGUGGAGAAAGCAGCAGUGGAGCUGCUAAAGGGAAGAGAAGCACUGUGGGACACAGAAAGCAGCUCUGCCCCCCGGGACACCUUGGCUGCAUCAGAAGUCAGCGCCCCAGGGCUCAGUGUGGCCACAUCCCAUCAGACCAGCUCUGCUGCUCGCCUGUGAGCUGCCUGCCAUGCAGCCCCAUGGGUACAACCCCAUUAGGGGGGAUAACAGAGCAGUGCUGCACCUCUCCCCAUCUUUGCCUGUGGGGCUGCUGGGCUCUGUCUGGCCACAGGAGGCUUUUUGGACUGGUGCUGCAGGAUGCUGGUGACAGGACAGGGUGAUGCUGUGCCAGAAUGGUCUUUGCAGGAGCUGCACAGAUCAUUAAAGUGUCCCUGCUGUGUGA